GCCGCCCCCUGUGAGGGUUGAUCAAUCAAUCUGCAGCGGGGCUGUGAAAGACAGUGGCCGGAGCCAAUCAGCGCAGGUCUCCCCCUCCCCCUCCGCUCUUGCGCUCGCGCUCUCUAGCUGGGUCGUGACGGUUUACUGGUGUCGCGCGGAGACUCCUAGUAGAUCAUGGAGGACACCCAGGCAAUUAACUGGGAUGUUGAAGAAGAGGAGCAGCCAGAGAUACCUGGUGAAUACUUCGGGUGUAGCUUGGAACCUGUAGGGCGAUUGCGUAUCUUCAGUAGUACCCAUGGACCAGAAACAGAUUUCCCACUGUAUCUUGGGAAGAAUGUGAUAGGCCGAAUGCCUGAGUGCUCUGUGGUGCUGCCCUUUCCAUCAAUCUCCAAACAGCAUGCAGUGAUUGAGAUCUUGUCUUGGAGCAAGGCACCCAUCCUCAAGGAUUAUGGGAGCCUCAAUGGUACUCAGAUCCUGAGACCACCUAAAGUCCUGAGCCCUGGAACAAGCCAUCGUCUGAGGGACCAAGAGUUGAUUCUCUUUGGUGACUUGCCCUGCCAGUAUCGUCGCCUGAGUACUCCCCCAUCAUUGGUUUGUCGGGGCCCUCUAAUUGUAGAGGAGAGUCCCAGGGUUCAGGGAGGAACUCAAUCCCAGGGGAUCCUGCUGGCUGAGGACUCAGAAGAGGAAGUAGAUUCUCUUUUAGAAAGAUGUGUGGCGGAAGGACCAAGGACCACAUCCUCUCCUUUAGUAACAGUAGUUCCAGAGAGUGAUGAAGAGGGACCCUCACCUGCCCCAGGUGGCCCUGGGCCCUCUUUUACCUUCAACUUGGACAGUGACACAGACGAGGAAGAAAGUCGGCCACCAGCGGCAGGAGAGUCCUCUCCAGCUACCAGAAGAGGUGCCACUACAGAAACAGAACUGUGUAAAGCUGAGAGAGUUGUAACUGAAUCCCAACUUUUAAAGGACCAGUGUUCAGUGAAGGAGAGGGACAGUGACAUAAAACUUGAGAGGGAUGCAAAGAAGGAGGUGAUUCCAAAGAGAAGCCCCCCUGCUGGGGAAGACAGUGACACAGAUGUGGAUGAUGAAAGCACCUCCACAGAAAAGCCAGCUGAGGCUCAUUUGAAUAGUGAUACAAAAGUAGAAGAAAAGAGGAGUCCCAAAAUUUCUGCUGAAGUCUCUGUAAAGGAGGAGGAAAUCUCCCAUGGAGCUGAUACAAAGAUUCCUGAGCUACCUGGCUCAGCACAUCUGCAGAAGGGCCUACCUGACAGUGAUACAGAUGUGAAGGACAGUAAGGCCCCACUGAUGGUUCCCCCAGGCAAAAGUGAAAUCCCCAUGACGACAGAGAGCAGUACAGAUGACAAGGAAGAAGUCUCAGCAGCACUCACUGUGGCACGUCUGAAAGAGAGUCAUGCCAUUCCAUGUAAGAGAAAUUCAGAGGACAGGGCCAAACCUGUAGUCCUCGGGCAAAGCUAUAGCUCCACUGGGAGAGACAGUAACACAGACGUGGAGGAGAAAGGGCUAGUGGAAAAGAGAGAAACUGUCUCUAAGGAUCACACAACCAAGACACAUUCUGAAAAGAGUCAACUUUCUCUUGGGGACAGUGAUAUAAAGAAGGAAGAAGAUACCAGCACAUCUGGGGUCUCAUUAGAGAGCAGUCAAGCCUCUGCCACAACAGUAAUCAGUGCGAAUGUGGAAGAGGACAAGCAUCAAGUACCUGGGGUGAGGGUAAAUCAGACAUAUGUGGAAGCAGAAGGGGGCCCAGCAAAGCUGCCUGAAGUGCAUAUAAAAGAAGCCUGUACUCCUCCAGCUGGGGACUUUGAAAUAGAUGCACAAGAGGGCACAUCCUUAGUACCCUCAACAAUGACAGGCAUAAAGAAGAGAGAGCUUCCAGCAGAAAGGGAUUCUGAGACAAAAUGCGCUGCCUCAGUGCUUAAGGCAGGGACCCAGAAUGGCUCAUCUGUGGCACAGGUGGAGCAGGACUGCCUUCCCAUCUUAAGGGAGAAUCUAGCCAACCCUGGGGUAGAUGCAAACCCUCCAGAGGAACCCACUAAUUCUCAGAGGGAGAGAACCCAUACCCACAGAGAAAGGGGGAGAAAACUACAUGCAGACAUGACCAAGGACUCUGGAAACAACCAUGAUAAUUCUGAAGAUUUGGACCUACAGAGUACCCAGUAUUUUCUGAGAGAAAGUCAUAGCCUGGAAGCCCAGAGCAUAGAAGAUGAGCCCACUCAAGCCUUCCUGCUUCCCCUUCCCCAGAAGUCUGGCCCUUCCCAGUGUAACUUGGAGGCCCAAGAUGCCGUGGAUGAGCCUUGGGAGAUCUUAGCUACCCAGCCAUUCUGUCCAAGAGAGUCUGAGGCCUCUGAGACUCAGGCCAUUGCAGAUUGCCUUGAACCCCAUGGAUCUUGCUCCUUGUCACGUAGGGCAGCACCACAAGACCAACAUCCAGACAGCCCAGUUCAGGCAGAACCAUUGGCAAUUGAAAGCAAAGGGUUGCAGACUUUGGAGAAAGACACAGGUCACUUAAAUUGCAGGAUGCCACCUGCUAAGGAUGAUCAGGAUUAUCCAAGUGUUUCUCUGCCUCCUUCAGUGCCUGAAGCUUCAGGCUCCCUCCAAAACCCCCUCAUCUCUCAAAAUCAGAAUCAUGUUGCCCCUCAGCUCCCCCUUUCUCCCUGUCCACCUCCUUUAGAGCCACCUAUUCCCAUAACCAGGCAAAAUGGGAGUCAGGAAGCUCCAGAGAUUCCCUUGUCUUCUGAGCUAGAAUCUUUCCACCCAAAAGUCAGGCCCCGUAAAUCCUCUAGGAAGACUUCUCCUCCAGUUUCUUCUCUUAACCUUGAACCCCACCUUACUGCUCCCACAGAUCAGCCUGUUAGGUCUGAAUCCAAAUCUCAGGUCAUUCGGGGCAGAGCACGCAAUAGGUCCUCUGUCAAGACUCCUGAGCCUGAUGUCCCUUUUCUGGAACCACAGCUUUCCACCUCCAGAGGCCAGCCUGUCAAUCCCAAACCCAUAUCUCGAGUUACUCGGGGCAGGACUCAUAGGUCCUCUAUCAACACUCCUGAGCCGGAUGUUCCCUCCACUUCUGAGCUACAGCCUUCUACCUCUGUAGAGCAGCUUGUCAUCUGUAAACCUGUAUCUCGGGUUACUCGGGGCAGGGUCCAUAGGUCCUCUGUCAACACGCCUGAACCAGGUGUUAGCAUAGCUGCUGAACUCCAAUCUCCCGCCCCCAUAGACCAGCCUAUUAGCCCUGAGCCUGUAUCUCAGGUCAGUCGGGGCAGGACUCAUAGGUCCUCUGUCAAAACCCCUGAAUCAGUUGUCCCCAUAGCUUCUGAAAUCCAACCUUCCACCCCCACAGAUCAAUCUGUUAUAUCCGGGAUCACUCAGGGUAGGACACAUAAGUCUGUCAAAACCCCCAAACCAGUUAACCCCACACCCUGUGAGCUCCAGCCUUCUACUUCCACAGACCAGCUGAUCAUCCCUGAGCCCACAUCUCGGGCCACUCGAGGCAGAACACAUAGGUCCUCUGUCAAGACCCCUCAAACCUGUGAACUUACAUCCCCCAAACUUGAACCUAGCACUCCCACAAACCAGCCUGUCACCCCUGGAGCCAUAGCUCAGCGUGAUCAGAGCAAAACACUGAGAUCUUCUAAAGUAAGUGUACCAGUGCCUGCCACCCCUGAAUUCCAGUCUCCUGAGCCCACCCCUCAAACCAAUGGCAGCAGGAGGCAAAAAACCACUAGGAAACAAACAUCUCUCACUGUUACCAUUUCCCAUGAAACCUAUCCUGGGCCCCCUGAGCCUAAGCCCCGGUCCCUGAGGAACCAGAAACGAGAGGCUAUGAGAGAAGCUAAGUCCUCUAGGACCACAUCUGAGCCUGCCUUUGCCCAGCCUCCUGAGUUACCUACUCAUGCCACUCAGAUCCCAAAGGUAGAGGCACCAGGCAGGUCUGGGUCUACCCCAGACUCCCAAUCUACAGCCCCUCAAAGCCACAAGAGGUCUUCAAGUACUGUGCAUUCACCCCCACUUCAAAAACGGCUUCAAAGAGGGGAAGACCACCAGAAGAAAGACUUCAUUAAUGAAGAUAAAGAAGAUACUUCAGAGAGGCCAGGAAAAAAAGAGGAUAUAGUGACUUCAGGACCAGGCAAGAGAAAGAGAGACCAGGCUGAGGAGGAACCCAAGGCAAUACCAAGCCGUAGCCGCCGGCGGACCAAAUCUACCCAAGAUUACACAACUCCCAAAGUGCUCUUCACAGGCGUGGUGGAUGUCCGUGGAGAAAAGGCAGUGCUGGCCCUGGGUGGAAGUCUAGCCAGCUCAGUGGAAGAGGCUUCCCAUUUGGUGACUGAUCGAGUCAGACGGACAGUCAAGUUCCUGUGUGCCCUGGGGCGGGGAAUCCCCAUCCUCUCCUUGGACUGGUUGCACCAGUCCCGCAAGGCUGGUUGCUUCUUGCCCCCGGAUGAAUACAUUGUGACUGAUCCUGAACAGGAGAAGAACUUUGGUUUCAGCCUCCGGAAAGCUCUGAGCCGAGCUCGGGAGCAAAAACUGCUAGAGGGCUAUGAAAUUCAUGUAACUCCUGGAGUUCAGCCACCACCACCUCAGAUGGGAGAAAUCAUCAGUUGUUGUGGAGGCACUGUCCUACCCAGCAUGCCCCGGUCCUAUAAGCCUCAGAGAGUUGUCAUUACAUGCUCCCAAGACUUCCAUCGAUGCUCCGUUCCAUGUCGGGUUGGGCUGCCCAUCCUCUCACCUGAGUUCCUGCUGACGGGAGUGUUAAAGCAGGAAGCCAAGCCAGAGGCCUUCAUCCUCUCCACUAUGGAAUUGUCACCCACUUGAAAACUUCAUCCCAGUACCCUUCCCCUCACUGGCCAAUAAAAAGUGUUAGAAAAUAUUUUGAAGAAAGAAUAUAGGACUUUAGAAAGGAUUGGGAUGUAUUGACCUCUCUUGGAAUAUGGAUGGGUUUGAAAAAGGCUUCUGAGUAAGCAAAAAUAGGGACAUUGGGGACUCUGAAUUUUCUUACGAGGUCAUACUUUUUUAUUUAUUGGCUAAUCCCAUGCUCAAAUAUCUUACGUGCUUACUCAGACUUAGCCAAAUUGAUAGGUAUAUUGUUCUGUGGCACACACAGUGCCUUCUGUCCUACUUGAAAGCUAUCUCUUUUCUUACUGGGAUUUUUAACUCAUCCCCUAGAAAAUAGGAGUCUGUUAUAUUGUCAGGAACUUAAAGGAAGGCUUGGAGUAAGUUUGAUGUUAAGAGUUCUGGGUUGUUGAUACCAAACCAUUUUCCUUUCCUGAUCUUGUUUUGCUAAAAAUGUCCUUUAGCUUGAUUUUGGAAGUUGUUGCACUUUUGUGGACUGCUUUUUCCAUACUUAUAAAAUUAUAAUUUAAGUUAAAUCUCUGUGGUGAAUAAAUAUUCACUGUGCCUUAGAGCAUAGUGGAGUUUUUUGUUGAUUUGUUUUAUGUAACAUUCCUUGGGCUGGUAAAAUAGCAAAAUGGCUAUGUAAAGAAUACUUUCAUGCCUGAGUUACCAGAGAUCCCAAGAUCAAUUCCCAUACCACCUCAUACCAGAGCUGAGCAGUGAUCUGGUAUAAAAAAAUUUAAAAUAAAAUAAAAUUUCUUAAAAUUUUAAAA